UACAAAGCACAAGGCAGGAGCCAGGUGGGACAGAACUGCAGGAGUAUCCGCAGUGCAACUCCUGCAGAAAGCCUUCGGAGAGUAACCCUAAUCGGCGUCCAGUCCUGGCCCAUCAGGUCCGGGGUCCCAUGCGCUCCGGGAGUGACGCCCCCCGCAGCAACUCAAACUUCUCGGGGCAGGGGACCGGGAGGGGUCGCUCUGUGGUCCCCUUCGCGGGGACCUGAGACACGCACACUCGCAGGGUGUGCAAACUGGCAGCGGGAACCCAAUCCCGCUCUGCGUGGGCGCAACUCCGCAGUCGAGGGCUGUCCAGCGUCUUGGCAAGAAAAACUACACUCCCCACAACACUCUGCGCCUCCGACUCGCUGCGGUUGCUCAUGGCCAAUCCGGAGAGGUAGCUGUGGCGGGGGCCGAGGAGGGACAUUUUAAAAGGGCCGGGGAUUGCGGGCGUCAGUGGCCAUGGCGGAUACAGCGACUACAGCAUCGGCGGCGGCGGCAAGUGCCGCUGGCUCCUCGACCGAUGCACCUCCUUUCCAGCUGGGCAAACCGCGCUUCCAGCAGACGUCCUUCUAUGGCCGCUUCAGGCACUUCUUGGAUAUUAUCGACCCUCGCACACUCUUUGUCACUGAGAGACGUCUCCGAGAGGCCGUGCAGCUGCUGGAGGACUAUAAGCAUGGGACUCUGCGCCCCGGGGUCACCAAUGAACAGCUCUGGAGUGCACAGAAAAUCAAGCAGGCUAUUCUACACCCGGACACCAACGAGAAGAUCUUCAUGCCCUUUAGAAUGUCAGGUUACAUUCCAUUUGGGACGCCAAUUGUGGUCGGUCUCCUUUUGCCCAACCAGACACUGGCAUCUACGGUCUUUUGGCAGUGGCUGAACCAGAGCCACAACGCUUGUGUCAACUAUGCAAACCGCAAUGCUACCAAGGUGAGCGCCAGGGACCACCCUCCAGAGGUGGGCUUCAGGCUGGGGCGCCCUUCAUCCUCCCUGCAGUGCAUCACACCACUCGUGGGCCUUAAUGUCUUGGUUCAGAAAGCCAACAAGUUCACCCCGGCCACCCGCCUCCUCGUCCAGAGAUUUGUGCCCUUCCCCGCCGUAGCCAGCGCCAAUAUCUGCAACGUGGUCCUGAUGAGGUAUGGGGAGCUGGAAGAAGGGAUCGAUGUCCUGGACGGUGAUGGCAACCUCGUGGGCUCCUCCAGGAUCGCAGCCAGACAUGCCCUGCUGGAGACGGCACUGACGCGAGUGGUCCUCCCCAUGCCCAUCCUGGUGCUCCCUCCAAUCGUCAUGUCCAUGCUGGAGAAGACGGCUCUCCUGCAGGCGCGUCCCCGGCUGCUCCUCCCUGUGCAAAGCCUCGUGUGCCUGGCAGCCUUCGGCCUGGCCCUGCCUCUGGCCAUCAGCCUCUUCCCACAGAUGUCAGAGAUCGAAACAUCCCAGUUAGAGCCUGAGAUUGCCCGGGCCACCAGCAGCCGGACAGUGGUGUACAACAAGGGGCUGUGAGUGGUGGCCGGCUGGCCUGGGGAUGCAGCCUUGUCCAGCCUGGGGAGCUGGGGGCGGGGCAGGGGUCUCGUGAGUAGUGCCUGCAGGGAGGGCAAGCUGGCCCCACCAGUCCUGGCCCACCUGGGGGUGGGGGGGGUCUCCAUCCACAGUGGUAGGGAGACUAAUCUAUUCACCUGUUAACAUAAGGGAGAGGAAUUCUGACACAUUUCCUAUAAAAAUAAUCAAGUGCAUUUCUGGGCCUUACGUGGGGUUGCCAAAACUCUACUCAGCACAAUUAUGUGUGAAGCUGAAAAAUUGUAGAGUGCCCACAGGGUAGAAUUAGGAUCCUUUUAUACUUUUUAUUUUUAUUUUUAUUUUUUAUCAGCAUCAAGCCUUGGUUGCAGCUGCCCAGAUGCUGCUAGCAGGUGGUCUGGUGGUGGGAGUAGGGGUAGGCCUGCGGCGAGCUGGCUGGCUUGGUGGUGGGGCUGGUAGAUUUGAGAUAUUGCUGUGGCCAAGACCGACGUCUCCCUGGGUGUUCGGGGGUAGGGAAGGGAGGGGAGGCAGUCUGCACCUCGCCGGAUGAGCCAGCUAUGACUAAGGUCCUCAGGAGGUGGCCCAGGAAAUCAAGGAGCACUGGAAGUCUCUGGAAGGUUCCAUGGGCAGCUGGCUCUGAGUGUGGCCGGCCUUCAAGAUCCAGGCCACACCUGCAGAACCGAUUCCUCUACAUGAAGCCCAGUGGCACACCGGCUGGCAUCACCCUUCAUGGAGCCCUGAGAUAUGGGAGGCCCCUGAGAUGACCCCAGCUCCAGGCAGGAAGCCCCAAGAAGGAACGAUGUUGGGCAGGAGCCGGGGGCAUGCAGCCCGGCCUUUGCAGGAAGAUCUUCCUCCCUGGCACCAGGCUGGAAGCUGGGCAUUAGGGCCGAGUGUGGGGCUGGAGCGGGAGGGCCCCGGGCCUGAGAGUACAAAGGCCAGAUCUCCAGGCACCUAUCGGAGAGGAAGCAUCAACCCAGGGAUCAAAGCAGGCGCUGGCUCUGGCCGGCGGCGUAACCUUGGACAAGCCCGCUUCCUUCUCCGAGCCUCCACCCCCAUGUCUGGAGCCCGAGGACUGGAUCAAGGGAUUCCCGCCUGCUCGUCCAGCUAGAUCCUGUCUUUGCCUGUCCCGCUCAGAUGCUGGUCAUCGCAACACGGACACUGGACUGGGAAAGGGGCGGGUCCCUGUGGGCAUGGCCAGCAGUUGGCCUCAGGACCCGGACUCUGCUGUUCUGUAUGUGACCCCACCUCCUGGGAGCACUGGGCCUUUGCCAAACACUUUACAGUUGUGAAGGAGCAGGUAGUAUGGAUGCCUGGGCUGGAGUGGGGAGCCACACCCACAUGCCGCCUCUCACCCUGCAAUGGCCUCUGAGGCCCCUGGCUGCCGGCUGCUGCCUCCCUUCCAGUGCGGGCCAGGAAAGGGGAGAGCUCUGCAGAGGCAAUCAGGGCCUGGGUGGGGUGAACAGGGUAAUCUCUCGUCUGAAAGGCCCCAAAAAGAGGACACAUGGGUCUCAAGGUAUCUCUCACCUGGUCCCAACUGGAAUGAGCCUUCAACAUGCAGCCUCAGGGCUCCCCUGCCCUGGUGCCUGACUCUGCCUGGGGAGACGUGGCUGGGGGUGGACAGGUAUGUGCAGGGAAAGGCAGUGCGGGGCAGUGGAGGCCUGGCCACAGGCUCUGCUCCCCUUGGGGUGGGGGAGUUGUGGUGAGGUGGGUCUUCUACAGGCACUGGCCCCAGACCUCCCACCAGAAGCCCCUGCUGCCCUCACCUCCCAGCCAGCUCUGUAGGGUGCAGCCCUAGGGCCCCCACUCUCCCAAGGAGCAGCCCACCCACUGCCCGUCAGGAAGGGGAGAGGCAGCGACAUGCAUGAAAGACAGAGCAGCAGAGGUAAGGGAUGCCUCGGUGUUGGAGGGUCAGGUAUUUUUGCGUUACUCCCGCCAUAAUGUGAACGUGCCAGCGACUGGGGCCUGGGCACGUCUGGGGCCUCUUUUGCAAACUCACUCCAGGCUCACCCCACCUCACCUCUUAUUGGAUCUUUUU